CAGACCGGAAGUAGUAAUGGCGGCAGAUUUCAAGCCAUCGGAGUCGGAAACGCUUCGCUUUUUAUCAUUUUUGCCUCAUAAGCUGAGACGGAUUUUGAUGCCGUUUCAACAAGAAGGUAUACGAUAUGCCAUAGAAAAGAAUGGGAGAUGUCUCAUUGCUGACGAGAUGGGUCUUGGUAAGACACUCCAGGCUUUGUCUGUGGCUCGCUACUACAAACAUGAUUGGCCAUUGUUGAUUGUGGUACCUUCAUCAUUGAAAUACCCCUGGAUAGAUGAGAUAGAGAAGUGGAUGCCUGAUGUUCAACCUCAUGAAAUAAACCUUGUGCAUUCUUCAGUUGAUGUCAAUGAAAUAUCUGAAGCGAAAAUCACUGUGGUUACCUAUGGAUUGCUACAGAGGCCAAAGAGUAUACUCCUUGAGGCACUCAUGACCCAGAAGUUCAAGGUCGUCAUACUGGAUGAGUCUCACUACAUAAAGAACUCUAAGUCUAUAAGAGCGAAGUGUAUUGUCCCCAUUGUGAAACAGGCUGAGCGUAGACUGUUGCUCUCAGGAACCCCAGCAUUAAAUAGGCCAGAAGAGCUCUAUUCCUAA